AAGGAUGACAAAAAGAAUAGUGAAAAAUCAAUGUCAUAAAAACUCACAGUAUCAAAGUUAGUGAGAAACAACAGUUACAAACACAGAGUAAAGCUCUCUCUAGAGAAGGAAAUUCAACAGAAAACACCAAAAUUAAAGCUGCUUAUUGGUUUUUCUAUACACGAAGCUCUUCCCGAAAGGAAAUGGUUUUAUGUGUUGAAAUGUCGGACACAUGAGAAUCGAAGAAGUCUGAUCAUUAUAUCUGAAGGUUUGUUACUUUGGAGAUUCUGUGGCAAGCAGCAUCAUGACGUCCUCGCUUCAUUAUCAUUCAGAUGGUAGUGAGAAUGAACAGUCAGAAAAUCAAUCAGAAGCUCACAGCGAGUCUUCGUCGCCUGCAGCUGGAAUGUCUGUCCCUGGCACUGUAACAACAAAUAUGCACUAUGUUAUGCCCAAUCAACUUGGGAAUGGAAAUCCUAUGUUGCAGGCUCAAACAGCUUAUCCAUAUCCAGACCCAUACUAUAGGAGCAUCUUUGCACCGUAUGAUGCACAGCCUUAUCCUCCACAACCUUAUCCAGCACAACCAAUGGUUCACGUUCAGCUAAUGGGAAUUCAACAAGCGGGUGUUCCUUUGCCAUCAGAUGCGAUAGACGAACCUGUUUUUGUUAAUGCAAAACAGUAUCAUGGCAUCUUGAGGCGUCGACAAUCUCGCGCGAAAGCUGAGUCAGAAAAGAAACUUCUGAAAGCUAGGAAGCCUUACUUGCAUGAAUCACGCCAUUUGCAUGCAUUGAAAAGAGCUAGAGGAUGUGGAGGUCGUUUCCUGACAGCAAAGGAAACUGAUAAUCAGCAGAAACAGGAUGAAUCUGGUGAUAAAUCUCAAGUCAACAUUAAUCUCGAGUCUGGAAAAGACAAGGUCGCUUCUUCAGAGAAUGCCUCUUGAUCUAUGCAAUAUCAAGGACUUUGUGGACCAUAGUAUGUUGUUGCUGUUUGUAGAAACAGCAGUGCUUUUGUUAAAAUAGAAUUGUGGUAGCUGGGCAAAAUCAGGGUAAUUGUGGUGUUCUGUAUGUUUAUCUGAGUGUAGAUAGAUCGGAAUAGGGCUACUCGUUUGAGAGCUACAAAGUGGUCGCUGGGCGUAUGUUCUCUAAAUACCAUCUUUCUGAGCUUGUUUGUAGACAUUCUUUCUUGUCCUUUCGUAAUUGCCUUGUGAUUCCUUCAAAAUGUUGUUCUGGUAAGUGUACGGAACAUCGAGUCAGAAAUUUGAGUAAUAACGUUUGGCACUAUGUUUUGUUAGUUUAGGAAGAUGAGUGUGCAGCACUGUUGGUUGAUGGAUUCUAAUUUUCCAAGGUCAAUGCAUUCUGUGUCAAUAUCUCGGUUAUCUAUAACCGUA